AUGGUAGCGGCAGGCGUCCACCCAAGUGUGAGCAGCCUGCAGGAUACAGGAAUCUUGGGCCACCUGCUGAAAAUGAACGUGCAAGAAGCCAAGGCGUGUGCCCGACCGGAGACCUCCGUCGUCCCCACCACCACGCUGCGGCCCCUCACCCUAGAGGACUUCGGUGGAGUGUUCUUCCUCUUUGGCAUCGACACGACACUUAGCCCCCCACACCCCAUUAAUCACCUCAUCCUACACAGGUACCUGGACAAAAUUCACCUGGUGUACCAAUGGAUACCCCCGCGGCAGCCACAGCCCCUCGGAGUGCUGGCGGGCCGCGUGGACACCGCCUACAGAGCCUCGAGCGACCCCUGGGCUGCCCACCGCGCCCUCUACAUCCCCCGCCCCCACCCCGCGCUGACCGGCCAGUAUUGUUGCACCGUCAGCACCUUUGAGGACGAGGACUGGCGCACCGCUCCCAUGCUGGUGUGGGCCCCGCCCCAUCACGUGGAGGUCAGGCUGUGGCGGCCCUCGGAGCACCUGGUCAACGUCACCUGCACGGCCGCCGGAGCCUCGCCCAGACCCGAGUUUUACCUGUACACCAGGGACGCUAAUGGGACCAGACAGGAGGUGGGCGUGCGGGGGCUGGAGGGGCGGCGCGAUGGGGGCGUGUGGGGGGCGGGGGCGUGGGGGCUGCUGCUGUGGGAGGAGACGGAGGGCGGCACGCUGGUGGGCUGCACCGUCACCCUGCCCGGCGCGCCCCACACGGAGACGAGGACCACCAUAUACCGUGCAG